AUGGGCAGGAAGCGUGCUGCCAGCGCGGCCGCCCCAGCCGCUGGCGGCCCCUCUGGGGACGCCGGCGGCCGCGGAGCGCGCGGCGGCGCUCGCGGUCGGGGAAGCGGGCGUGGCAAGCGCGCCAAGACGGCAUCAGCGAGCGAGAGGGAGGCGACCUUGGUGGGGCCGCUGGUGAUCAGGAAGAAGACUACGGACACCAGUGGCGGAGGAGUUUGCGGGCGCUGCGGGGCCACUGAGAGCAGUGACAACCCCUUCCCCGACGCGAAGAUGCCCAACGAGCAGAUCCAGAAGUUCGCCCACGCGUGCUCCUACCACUUCUGCGGCUACGUGAAGGGCAAGUUCUGGAUGGACUUCAACUGGUCUUCGAUGUGUGCCACGUGCGAGCAGGACGAGGAGCUUGCCGAGAGCUUCGAGGCGGCCUGCGAGACGAUCGACGGCAGUCGCGAGGCCUCCUCCCUGCCGCAGGCCGUAUCGACGGACCACCAGACAGGCAUCAUGGUCUUUCCAGACUGCAUCUUGAUCACGGAGAAGCAGUACCAGGCCGACAUCGCCCCGACAGGGGCUUCCGCCUUGCUGCCGUCUCAGGCUGGCGAGCGCGAGACGACGCUCCAGAACGAGAUGAAGGGCGAGUCCGUCACAGGAAUUUUGGCGAGGGACCCGCAGUCGCCCUACCUCAAGGCGCGCAGGUUCAGCACGGUGAUGGGCAGCCGCGUCGAGAAGGCGCUGAGCGCAGAGGACUACUGCAAGGACGGCGCAGGCAUCGCUUGCGAGGACGUGAUCAACAGGCUGCUGCGGGAGGGGCUGCCCGUCUCAUUGAGGGGGCACGUCGACAUCCCUACGGUGUCCGAGCUCAAGCUUCGAGCCGUCGGCGCAGCCAGGGCGCUCGGGCUGGUCGGGCCCGAUGGGCCUCACGGGCUCUCCCAGGUGGCAGGCGGGGGCCCGCUCGCGAUCGCUGACGCAAUCGUUGACGGCACCGUCGGCGACUCAGGGCUUGCUGCACAAGGGCCACGCGGCGGCCAGGCGACUCGCAGUGGCGGGGCUGUCGUUGCCCAGCAGCCCGAGUCCGAGGCGUGCGGACAUGUUCCUGACGGACUCGACGGAGAUGGUGCAAGCGUUCCGAGGCUCGAUGUGACUGCUGAGCCGUCGGUCGCGGGCAAUCGCAGCGACCGUCGAGGAAGCGCAAGCGCCGCGGCGUGCCAGACGCCACCGUCCGCCAAGGGGAAGACCCCGCCAGCCGAUGCGAAGGAGAGGGAUCGGUACCAGGAGAUCGUCGCCAGCAUCAACAUGGGCCUCCUCUUGACGAAGGGCGCCAACCACAGCACCGGCGAUCGCAUUUACGCCUUGAAGCGCUUCAAGCCGAAGAGCGAGCUCAUCGAGAGCCUCCAGCGGACGGCACUCGCCGACAUCGAGACCUGCACCUCUCUCGGUGGCAACGCGCUGGAGGUCAUGUCGCUGGACACGCGGGUCCGCUUGCUCAAGAAGAUCAGGCGCGUGAAGCUCGACGGCGCCGAGUCGUGGAUGAUCAACUUGUGCGCGGUGGCGACCAGGGAGGCCAACGAUCCGAGCAUCAAGGUUGACAUCGCACUGCCGUGGAAGUCUUAUACGGUUGGAGAUUUCUCGCCGCUGGCGCCGUCGAUGGCAGAAGUCGGCAUCGCAGCUGACCGCAUCAUCGACGAGGGCAGGGAUUUCUUCAUCAGCAACGUGGUCUUGCCUUUGACUCGGGCGGACGUAGUCGACACGGAGUACAUGAGUGCCUUGAUCAGUGCCCUCCUCGUGCGCGUCGGCGACCAGACGAUCCGCGAGGAGGCUGGCCCGUGCAAGAACCUCGCCUACGAGAUCUUCGUGUUCACCGAGGCCGUUCGCGUGUUGCUCGACUCAUCACCCACGGCGUUGCUGGAGUGCACGUGCAGGUCUGAUGUGCGCAAGCUCCUGCGAGAGGAGUUCGGGGCGACGCGGCGCACCGUCGUGACCACCUUCGGUGCUGAGUGGCAGGAGGUGCUGGCUGAGUACAAUCGCGCCUACUUCUCCGACGUGAAGUACGGGGAAAAGGUCAAGCACGUCAUGGAUAUCGUAUCGGGGCCCACUCCCAUUAGCGAUGCUAGCAUUCAGGAUGUCAUCGGCAAUCUGCUGGAAUGGGGCGCAUUCCUCCGCAAGGGCGCCGCUUCUGGCAUGCUGGACUCGUUCCACGAGCAGGUGGUCGGGUGGAUUGGCGUCCAGACCGCCCAGCUGGAACAGGGAGGACACACACCGACCAUGGACUUCUCGAAGAGCCUGAACUUGAAGCUCCUCGAACUCAUCUCCGAGAUGCCGAAGAUCCGCGGCGUGGACGAGGUCGCCAUUCAGAAGUUCAACAAGCUGCAGAGCAACGUGGAGGCGAUGGGGUCUAAGUUCCACAUCCACGGCCAGGCUACCAAGCUUCGCGAGGCGUGCUCACAGUUCGACCCUUCUGACGCGAACUCCGUGAAGACCAUCACUGGCGCGCUGAACUCCACUAUGGGCGAAUUGUUCGGUUCACAAGCUUGCGUGGCCGCGAUGGGUUCUUGCGCUCAGGUCUGCUUGUCGCACGCCGCAGCUGUGGGUGCCGACUCAGCCAAGAGGUGCGAUUUCACAUCGAACUUAGCCGACUAUGCCGAGAAGAUAAAGACCAUCGCGAUGAUUGCCACCGCACUCUUGAACCGCAUCCUCGAUCCCAACGCUGAGGCCAAGCAUAUGAUGACUACGUGCAAGUGCUUGCGCAUCCUGCUGACCCUGAUGGUUCAGGUCGGGGAGCUUGUCAAGGUCGAGCCGUUCUCCGAGGUGAACGAUGCUGUCAUCGAGGCGUCGGCCGAUGACAACCCAGCUCAACCAGGCAAUCCGACAGCCCCACGCGGCUCGAACCUCGAGGACUACAAGCCUGCCCCCGCCAUGCUGGAGUUCGCGGGUUUGGCAAAGUCCGUUGUCCAGAAGGCCCGCGCCGUGAUCAAGGAGUUCUCGGGGGGGAUGUUCAACAAUGGCGGCGAGCACUGGUCGAAGGGCGCGGAGCUUGAGACCUGGGAGCAGUUGUCCGACCACGCGAAGCGCACGCUCUUCAAGCAGAAGGGGAUCACGGUCACGGUGCGCAAUCGCGAAAAGGAGUUGCACAACCACAUGGUCUCGCUGAAGGAGAUCGCUGCUGAUCACGGUGCCAAGGAUCAGUACACAGAGUUCGAGAAGAAGGCGGCCGACAUCAAGGAGACGCUCUUCGCGUUCAGGGAUGAACUGCACGACGCGAAGCUGUUCAGCGAGAAGGACGCGCACCCGAUGGUCACCAUGAAGUUCGAAGCAAUGCAGGCGGAGGCCAACAACGAGCAGCACUGA